CUUGCCUCGGUGGCAUCCACGAACGUUUUAAAUGUCAGUCCUCCCUCCCUUUUCUCUCCUUCGGCCACUGUCACCGCCCACCGGCGUUCUAAAUACCCAAAUCCUCUCCACUCCUCCGGACACUACCAUGUCCCUCCUUUCUCCCGCUCCCGCAUUUCCCUUCGUCAAGGGUCACCCGAGCCGCCUACGCCUCCCCCUCAUAACCACCGCCUCUGCCUCUGCGAGAUUCACAUCACCAAAGCCGGCGAACUUCCGCCGGGAAGUUCGAUCACUUUGUGUUCUUCCGAUAUCUGCUCUUCCUUCUAUCGAACAGUCGCAUCCAUCGACAAGCUCAUUUGUUCUCUACGAUCCGGUUUCCUUCCUCUUGGACGGAGUUAUCUCUCUACUGCGGGUUUUCCGAUUUCUACCUUCCGAUUUUUGUGAUCGGUGGCAGCAUAUCGUUGAUAUUACGGAGAAGGAUGCGGAAGCUUGGCUUGCGCAGCUGCCAUUCCACCUUAUACAGGCAAUCACUGCAUCGGAGGAUCACCGGUUUUUCUCUCACUAUGGUAUUGACCUGCACGGAAUUGCAAGGGCUGUUGUUAAUUACCCUAAUGGAGGAGGAGGAAGCACAAUCACUCAGCAGCUUGUGAAGAGAGUAUUUCUGACCAGUGAGCGUACAAUUUCAAGAAAGUUUGUUGAAGGACUAUUAUCUCUCAUGGUAGAGAAGAGAAUAUCAAAAUGGAAAAUAUUAUAUUCAUACUUGAAAAAGAUGUACUGGGGAAAUGGAAUUUAUGGUAUUGAAUCAGCCUCUCAGUUUUACUUUGGAAAGAGGCCUUCUUCUCUUUCUGUGGGGGAAUCUGCAAUGCUCGUUGGAAUUCUACCUGGCCCUGAAUUACUAAAUCCGCUGAAGUACCCCAAAAGAUCCAAGUCAUCCCAGGUCAAGGUAUUAAGGAGGAUGGUUUCAGCUGGAUAUCUUGAGAUGGAGAAAGCCAUUCAGAUUGCAAGAGAACCUUUCUACUUAUGCUCUGAAAAUAAGUUCAAGUGUGCGAAGGAGUUGAUCAAGUUCUGAAUAGUUGCCGACAGCGAUCCCUACUUAGGACAUUUUUUUUCAAUCCUGGGCUUGAGUGGAGCAUCCGACACGUAUUAUUUAUGUUUCUGGAAGAUUCCAGUGCACAAGUGUGGCCGGCGAUCAGCUUGCUGUGCGAGAAGCGUGAAUGGCACAAAUGGAGUAUGUUUUGUUUUGGUUUUUUAAAGACAAACAGUUUUUUCAUGCAAGAAAAAAAAAAUGUG